AUGCAAAUUCAAAAACAUUGUAGAGAUAUACAUGUUGUUCAUGGACAGAAAACAAGACCCGCUGAGCACUUUUGUUCAACCAGUCGAGAUGGAAACUCUCCAGGCUCUCUUAUAUGGAAUCUUACUAAAGCCCUAAGUAAAGCAAACAUUCCAAUAUUGAAAUUACUACUGAUAAACGAAACUGCAUUAAUCUCAUCAAUUACGCAAUGUGUAAAGGAAAUAUCCAUGACGAAAAAAUAUUUAAAUAAUGAUGCUCCAGAUUUACAAGGACUUGAUUAUAUGGUACGAACAUUAACAGAAUUGCAAAGAAGUCAUGUAGAAAUACAAGAUGAUCCAGUUUUGUCUGACUUACUUGGUUCCAUUAUCAAUUGUUUAUGUUCUGACUAUUAUGUUGAGAUGUUUAAACAACUACUGACACCACUAGGAUACCAGUCGCAAUUAAGUGCCAGCCAAGCAUUCCUGUUGCAUACCUGUCCUGGCUAUAUUUUUCGGUAUCGCGGCAAACGAAUGGAAGAAACUUCGGUUACGAUCAGUAGGAAAAUGCUAUACCAUUAUGCUGAAAUAUUUGAGAAAUUUAUACCAUUCCUAGCUUCCAAAAAAUGGAAUGAACAAAUUAUAAAAUGUAUAAUACAAAUUGUUCUCAUUCUUCAAUACAUAACUCCGACGGCUUAUCCUGACAUCUUAAAACGUUUUGCAGCCGACCAUACAAAGCUUAUUGAUCAUAUUCUUACGAUUCUAAGUACACCAACUUUAUGUGGAGAUCAUGUAGUUACUACUAAUGGAGAAGAUACUACGAUGAACCUGCUAAUAGCACAUUCAAUAGCCUAUUUAUAUUUUUUGACAUUUGAAGUGAACUUACUAUCAACGCUUAAGAAUAAAACUAAUGUUAUUCAAACAUUUUUAAAAUUAACAGAUACAAAAACUGAUGAAGUACAGUUCAAUGCCUAUCGAAUGUUAGCCGUCUUAAUGAAUGAAGACGAUAUCAAAAAUUUAGCCAAUCCAAAUAAGAUUACAUCCGUAUUCAUAAAAUCUUUAAAACAAGUAAUCGAUCCACAGCCAGGACAACGAAGACGAUUACAAAAUUCAUUAGUAUGCUUAAAAAGUCUGGUGCAACAUGAGCAAGUCAAAGCUGAACUCGCUAAACAAAGUGAUGGUUUGCCUCUUUUGAUUCGAUGUGCUACGGAUACAAAGUUUGAUGUAGCGAAUGUUCGAGUACCAGCAUUAGAAAUUCUUUGGGCAAUGACAUUCAAUGAAGAAGCAGCUGUUAUUCUGAAAAAUGACCACGAGUUCAUGAAAUAUGUGAAAACAUUGUUAUCAUCAAAAGAAAAUGUUGGUUUACAAACAGCAGCUGACGGCAUCUUGUGGAAACUUGAAAAAGAAGCUCAGUUUGUAGUCCAACAGCACGAACCUGUUACACUUCAAGUUCCUUCUACCACAUCUGCAGAAGUUACAACGAAGAUAAAAGCAGCUUCAGUUGAUCAACCACCUGUCAAAUUCGACGUAAUGAUUAGUUAUUCGCACAGUGAUAAAGAUCUGUGUUAUGAGAUACGCGAACGACUCGUUAAAGACAAUUUUCAAGUUUGGCUCGAUCGAGAUAAUCUAUACGGUUCGACGAUGCAAGCCAUGGCUGAUGCAAUUGAGCAUUCAGAAGUUGUUUUAAUUUGCAUGUCCGAUGCCUAUAAACAGAGCGUCUAUUGCCAAUCAGAAGCACAUUAUGCAUUUGAACGGCGGCGACGUCUCAUUCCACUGGUCAUGAAACAAAAAUAUCGACCGGAUGGUUGGCUUGGCUUUGUUGUUAGUGGAAAAAUAUAUGUUGAUUUUCCAAAAAUGGGAAUUGAUCUGGCUUACGAAAAACUAAAGGCUGAAAUUAUGCGACGUCAACAUCAUAGUAGCACUUCUUCGAAUAAUACAACGGCCAACCAGAAACCACCUUUUGAUCGUGAACAAAUACUUGAACUUCAGCAUCAUCCAACGGCCCACCACAUUGCUGCCCAGGCUCCUGUAACCAGUUCAUUCUCCCAACAGUAUUCCUAUCCAACUUGUGUUACCCUCUUCACGAAACAAAAUGUUCAGGAUUUUCUAUCAGAUAAAAAGCUUAAUGUGAUGUUUCCCAUAUGUGGCCAAAUGGAUGGAAAUAGCCUGUUCAAAACUUAUCAAAUGUGUGAGAAGAAUUUCGCUCAAAUGUACCAGUCAUUAAAAACUGAACUGUUUGAUCUACACAAUAAAAUCUUACCACUUGAUGUUUAUAUGCAUUUUGUAAAAGAACUUUCAAUGGUUCUUCCAAAUGCGGCUGAAACUUCUACAAGAAAUCUACAACUACAACAAUCCUCCUACCCAACUUGUGUAACUCUAUUUACAGAAGACAAUGUUCAACAUUUUCUUGUGGAUAAAAAGCUUGAUGCAAUGCUCCCAUUGUGUGAACAAAUGGAUGGAGAUAGCUUACUUAAAACUUAUCAAAUGUAUAAUUUGACAGUUACACAACAAAAUUUUAUUACAUUCAUUCUUCGUUGGAAUAUUAAUAAAGCAAAUUGGGAGAGUUUCACAGUAUAUAUUAAACAAGAAAUUAUGCAGAAAAAUCUCAUUAAUUAUCACCCAAAAUUUAAAAAUGAAACUGAAAUAUUAGCCACACAAGUCGAUGAAAUUAUAUUAACAGCUGCCGAUAAACUUGUUCCAAAAAAGAAAUUAAAUGAAUAUACACACCCAUGGUGA